GCCAGGGUGGCUUUCUCCAGCUGGGAUGAAGGACUUGAGCAGAAACUCAUCGCUGACUUCUUCCCUGUGUGAGCGCCCACUGAGUCCCAGGUCUCCCAUCUUCCCCCGGGUCACUGUGCAAGGUGCCUGGUCUUGAACAGCCAUGACGAUGGAGGUGCUCCCCAAGGCCCUGGAAGUAGACGAGAAGUCUCCGGAGUCCAAGGACCUCCUGCCCAGCCAGACAGCCAGCUCCCUGUGCAUCAGCUCCAGAAGCGAGUCUGUCUGGACCACCACCCCCAGGAGCAACUGGGAAAUCUACCACAAGCCCAUCAUCAUCAUGUCAGUGGGCGCUGCCAUUCUGCUCUUUGGUGUGGCCAUCACCUGCGUGGCCUACAUCUUGAACGAGAAGCAAACGGUUGUGCCAGUCCUCAAGAUGAUAGGGCCUGCCUUCCUGUCCUUGGGACUCAUGAUGCUGGUGUGUGGGCUGGUGUGGGUGCCCAUCAUCAAAAAGAAGCAGAAACAAAGGCAGAAGUCCAGCUUCUUCCAAAGCCUCAAGUUCCUCCUUCUGAACCGCUGAAGGCAAUCUGACCAGAAGAUCUGCUGACCAGCCUGCUAACCUUCUCUGUGGGGUACCACCAAGCUGAUUCAGGCAAACCCUCCUGGGACAGAGCUCAGGCCUUCACCCUCACACAAUCUCGCAGUAUUGCUGGCUGCGUUUCACCUGGUUUCUCCAUCGCUGCUGAUGCUCCCUUGGAUAGUCUC